AUGGAUACCAGGGCAGUAUCCACCAUUGUGGGCAUCUUCUCUAUCCUCAACACCAUCCAGUUCUUUAUCUUUGAGCUAAACCAGUCCACACACAUUGGCUUCGAAGACAAGUACAGCAUCUGCUUGGACACAGAUUCCAAGGUGACUUCCUGGGUCAUGGGCUACAGACACAACAUCAGCACCGGCUUGUCCAUCGCCACCAUCACCAUCAGUUGCCUCCUCCUCUUCUGCAUCGACAAGAACAACUUCAUAGGGCUGCUGAUCUAUGCACUGUGGAUCAUCACCUACGAACUCAUCAGCUUCUCUAUGGUCCUGCUCAUCAGCGGAAUCAUCAAAGAACAGUUCAAGGACCUGAGUCACCUGUAUUUGCUCCUCCAAAUCUCCCGCAUGCUCCUGCACUUUGGCUGUCUGCCCUUCGUCAUCAAGCAUGGGUACUUUCUCUACAAAGACCACAAGUCUGUGAGUGUAAUUGGCCACCGAAGGCGCUCCUCCAUCAGUACAGUGGAUUCUUGGCCACCUGCUGGGCUGGGGUCCUUUUACCGCAAAUCAAGCUGA